CAUUGAAAACCCAUUGACCCAAAAUCAUGUUUAUGUUUUAUAAAUUGUCAGAUCUGCAACCACUUAAUAGUUGAAAACACAGACUAUGGCAUAAAACACCACUGAAUAACUUUCAGGAAUGGGGGGAAAAGUUACUGAUGGAAGAUAAAAUAAAGCAGAGCUUUUUGAAAAACUGACAGUCUAAAAGCUUAAAAUCAAUUCCUUCACUAAUGUGCUUAUUUAUCUUAUGGUUUUUAACUGACAUGUCCUACUGUACAACGGAUCAAUAGAAAGAUCUAUUUUGUUGUGUAAUCCAAUUUGUUUGAAAAACACAGGACUCAGCCCAGCCUUGAUGCCACCAGGUGGCUCUGCUUACCAUACAGUCCCUCCUGUAACUGUAACUGCUCUAAAGUAGCCUAGAUAUUUGGGCAAUAAUAAUGCUAUAUUUCAGAAAUUUGAUAUGCAGUAUUGGAUUUAAUCAUCUGAACCAAAAUACGAAUGUGAGUCAUUAUAUUCCACAAUAGGAGCGCAAAAUAGGCAACUGUAAACGCUGCUGUAUGCGCAGGAGCUGAGUAUUUCAAGGCUAAUCUCAAAAUUGACCUAAUUACAAAACCUGUUAAAGUCAUCGAUGAUCGGCGUGUUUGCAUGGGUCAUACCACUUCGCAUAGCCUGUAUACAUGAGUGCUCCCUUUGUUUGGAUGUAAGCUGCCUGAAAUAAAUAAGUAGGCCGGGUGCUAAUCUCAAAGAAUAUGCAAAGCUGUAGAUACCAGAGGCUGGGGAAGGAGCAGAGUGGUUUGAGGUUAGUCGUUAGAGAACUUUUACAGAAUAUUAAUAACAACUAAAAGAAGCAACUACUUCGUUGGGACUACCUGUGAGGUCACUAUAAGAUGCCUGAAUAAAAGAGGAGUGGCCGAUGGAGGUCCGUUUCUGAUCCCGCCCGAAAAAAAACAAAACAAAAGUCAACACCUGACGCACAGAAAUUAUUGGUCGAAUCAUCAAGAAGUGUUGUAAAAAUGGAGAAGAACUACUACCACCAAUAAAAAAUCAACUCGUUCGUGCAAGGGAAGUUUCUUUUCGGAGGUCAGUAAUCUUUAUCGGACUGAAUCUACCUGUUACCUGUUGGAGAGGCUAGCGGAACAGCUCUCAUUGCAAUCCUGUGAAGCGAUGGACCCAACUAGUGCUCCAAAAGGAUGUGGUGGUGAUGUGAGCUCCAUGUAUUAUAAUCUGUGUGACCUGACAGCAGUAUGGGGCAUCGUAGUGGAAGCUGUUGCUGCUGUUGGUGUGCUGACUGCCUUUAUCUUGUUCGUCAUCCUCAUGGCUAGCUUACCGUUUGUGACAGACAAGAAGAGAAAGGGUAUGGUGGGCCUGCAGGCCAGCAUUUUAGUUUUCACACUGGGUCUGUUUGGACUUAGUUUUGCCUUUAUUGUGGAGCAGUAUUCUACUACCUGUGCUGCACGGAGGUACCUGUUUGGAGUACUGUUCUCAGGCUGUCUGGCCUGCCUGGUGAUGCAUGGGCUGUGGCUUGCCCUGCUGCAAAGGGGAGGCCAGGGGCCCAGGAGCUGGAUGUUAUGGCUGGGAGCCUUGGCUCUCUGGCUUGUCGAGGUGAUCAUCAACACCGAGUGGCUUGUCAUUACUGUGGCCAGGAGCCCACUCAGAGGUCUCGGUGUUCCUGACCUGGCCUGCAGCUUUGUCAGUCGGGACUUUGUGAUGGCCCUUAUAUAUGUAAUGGUUCUGAUAGCAGCUGUGGUGCUAACGUCUGUGCCCUCACUAACACACAAGCAAAAGCACUGGCGCCGAGAUGGAGCCUUUAUCCUGGUCACAGGAGUCCUCACUUUGGCACUUUGGAUAGCUUGGAUUGUCAUGUACAUCUAUGGGAACCGAGCAGUUGAUAAUUCCAGCUGGGACGAUCCGACUAUGGCUAUAGCCGUGGUGUCAAAUGCCUGGGUGUUCCUCUUGUUCUAUGCAAUUCCAGAAAUCUGUUUAUUGACCCAGGAGGACCCAAACAAGGAACAACCCGAUGGGGAAGAAGUCUAUCCUGCUAGAAGCCUGGUUUACGACAACAUUCUGAAGGAGCCACAGCCCACCCCGCAGCAUGUCUACGUAGAAAAUAAAGCCUUUUCUAUGGAUGAACCAGAAUCCACAAAUCCAACGUCUCCAUAUGGGGUUUACAAUGGUCAGGCACGAAGUUGUUUAUACCAGCCCACUGAAAUAGCCUUGAUUGCCAAAGGUCUGACAAGGGUGAGUGCUAUUUUUAAUCACGAAACAUCCCGUCUUCAUGAUAUCACAUGUGAAAAUAAUCCAUAUGUGUAUUUCACAGAAGGACCAAGACUCAAUGAUACUUCGAACCACACCUGGCCCUUUGAAUAUGGGGAGCUGCAGCUCCUAGUCGUGCUCAGUGGAUUCCUAAACAUCUUCAGGACUAUCAUAAGUUAGCAGCCCAAGCCGAGCACAUUGCACUGAGCUUUUCCAUCUCAGAGCUCCAAGAAUCAGAUAUUUAAUAUCUCUGUUUUCUCUUAAGCAAUAACAGAGUGAAAGUCCAGUAAUAUUCAGUAUAUGACUGCUUAGUUUCCAUUAAUGCUUAUGCAAUGCUUGCUCUAUGUACAUCAAAACCACACAUUAUUAUAAUGAUGCAAACCACACUGGGCUUACAGAGGAAAGAUUAUAUAGUGAAAUACAACAAAUACAAGAUAUGUGUGUAUAUAUAUCAUCUGU